CUAAAAUACUCCAAGCCGCUGGGCCGCCGUGGCCCACCCACCGCCGUCGUCACCCUCCCGCCCCGCCGGCCGCCGCAGAUGGGCCAGCCGCGGCGGCGCGGCUACCCGCACGGCCGCCACCACCGGUGCCCGCGCGGCAUUGCGCUGCCGGCGGCCGGAGCGGGCCUGCUCUUCCUCUCCGUCUCGCUCCUCUCCGUCUCACUCCUCUCCGCGCCGCCGCUCGCGGACCCGCGCCCGGGCCUCGGCACCUCCUCCUCCUCUCGACGGUUCCUCCGCCGCCAUCCGGCACGCGGUGGAUGGACUGGGCAGGAUGAUCUUUGGGGAUCGAAGCUUGCUAGCAACUUCCACGGAUGCAGCAACUCUAGUAGUAGAUUUCUUGAUUCUGGUAUUACCACACAACCAGAUCGAUACUUGAUUGUUGUUACAAGUGGAGGUCUCAAUCAGCAGAGAACAGGGAUAGUUGAUGCUGUAGUUGCUGCACGUAUAUUGAAUGCUACACUUGUUGUUCCCAAACUGGAUCAAACAUCUUUCUGGAAAGAUUCAAGCAAUUUUUCAGAAAUCUUUGAUAUGGACUGGUUCAUCUCAUUUCUUGCAAAGGAUGUCAGAAUUAUCAAAGAGCCUCCAGAAAAAGGAGGUAAAGCAAUGAAACCUUAUAAAAUGCGUGUCCCCCGAAAAUGUACUCCACGGUGUUACUUGAACCGUGUCUUACCAGCACUUCUGAAGAAACAUGUUAUUCGAAUGACUAAAUAUGAUUAUAGACUCUCAAAUAAGUUGGACACUGACCUGCAAAAACUACGUUGCAGAGUCAAUUAUCAUUCUUUGAGAUUUACUGACCCAAUACAAGAAUUGGCUGAAAAGCUAAUACAACGAAUGCGAGAAAAGAACAGAUAUUUUAUUGCUCUUCACCUGAGAUUUGAACCUGACAUGCUUGCCUUUUCUGGGUGCUAUUAUGGUGGUGGAGAAAAGGAGAGGAGAGAAUUAGCUGCAAUUCGCAGACGAUGGAGAACCUUGCAUAUACGUGACCCGGAGAAAGGAAGACGGCAAGGCAGGUGUCCACUAACUCCUGAGGAGGUAGGGUUGAUGCUGAGGGCAUUAGGCUACAGAAGUGAUGUGCACAUUUAUGUUGCUUCUGGUGAGAUAUAUGGAGGGGAAGAUACAUUAGCAUCCCUGAAAGCGCUCUUUCCUAAUUUCCAUACAAAAGAAACACUAUCAAGCCAAGAGGAGCUUGCUCCUUUCCUGAAGUUCUCAUCUCGCAUGGCUGCAAUCGAUUUCAUUGUCUGUGAGGAAAGUGAUGCUUUUGUGGCUAACAACAUUGGGAACAUGGCCAAAAUUCUGGCUGGGCAAAGGAGAUAUUUUGGACACAAGAGAACAAUCCGGCCAAAUGCUAAACAGCUCUAUCCCUUAUUCAUGAAGAGGGGAAAUAUGUCAUGGGAUGCAUUUGCCUCACAGGUGCGAACAAUCCAGAAAGGAUAUAUGGGAGAACCCAUGGAAAUCACACCAGGAAGAGGCGAAUUUCAUGCAAACCCUGCCGCCUGUAUAUGUGAAAAGACCAGCAGAAACUCAGCAAUAGUCAAGUCCAUUUCUGGAAAUAACCUGGAACCUGUAACUGACAGUGGAAUAAGGAAAACCAUUGGCAUUAGUAGACCACCAUAUCCUGUUUAUACUGAUGAAGAGGCAGAUGGAUCUGAUACAGAAGAAGAUCCGGACAGCAGUGGGAGAGGAGAGGUGAUUGACACUGAACCUGACGAUGAUUCUGCGGUCAGACAGGAGGACCCUGAGCUAGAGGAGAUCCUGUCAGAUUAGUUCAGUUGUGCGGCUGUUUCCCCCGGUUAAGCUAUGCUAAUCUGACUGCAUAUACAUGUGUUGUAUGUGGCAGCAAUUUUAUGGUUUGGGCAUCACCGAACUAGCUUAGAUCUGCAGCCGCUGGUGUACAUAGAUUUUGUGGUGUGCAGCUGUCCACCCUCUUUCUCUUAGCUGAAUGAGGGCAUGAUCAUGUUUGUCACCUGUGCAAGCCAGAUUUGCUUACCUUUUCUUAGUAUCCCGCCAUCGCUCAACCCUCAAGCAAAUGUGCAAAUAAAAGAGAAUAAAAAAACAAGAGAAGUUGGUUCUCCAGUGCCGUUCA